AUGCUAACAAUGAACCUCAAAGCGGCGGAAGAAGAGGCUAAGCACUUUGCGGCAUUAAGCAAGACACUCACUGAGAAAAACAAAGAGCUCGCCACCGAGAACACUAUACUACGGGAGCAAAACGAAAUGCUCAUGAAGCAAAAGGCACUUCAACAGAGACAAGAGAAAAGAGGGAAGGAGGAUCUCACCGUUCCCAGGAAGGGCGCUCGAAGACCUUUUCAGGAAACCCCAGAAGUCUCCCCGCGUCUACUCGGCCCCCCCCUGACUCCCCGAACCGUUGCAAAGGUCAAGGCGAAAAUACGUCAGUGCUCAAAGACGAACAACUACGAAAGAGAACUCAAAAUGAGGGCCGAAAUAUCCCGCCUCCAUGAGCUUUGCAAAAAGCAGAAGAGUGAACUCAUCGUGCUGAAAGGUACCGAUGGCCGGCGCGUAGAACUUGAGCUUCUCUUGAAGCAAUGCCUACUUGAUGUCAAAGCUCGGGUCGCAGGCAAACGAAACAGCACAACGGCAAGUGUCCACUGCGUUAAAGGGGCCCAGGCUUGUAAACAAACAUCUUCCGAGACGACGCGAACGAACGUUGAGGCAACCUAA